AUGAAAUUUUUAGCUCUCAUCUCAGGAGGCAAAGAUUCCAUCUAUAAUAUCAUUAGAUGUAUACAAGAAGGUCAUGAACUUGUUCUAUUAGUGAAUUUAUAUCCAAAAUGUACAAUUACAAUUCAUUUAAAUUAGAAAUUGGAAUAGAAUCUGAUAGUUUCAUGUAUCAGAGUGUUGGCACUAAUGCAAUCGAAGCUAUUGCUUAAGCUAUAGAUAAACCCUUAAUGACAAGAGAAAUAUCAGGAAAACCAAAAAUUACUAAUUUAGAUUAUCAAAGCAAAGAUGAAGAUAGAAUUGGUGAUGAAGUUGAAGAUCUUUAUCUCAUUUUAAAAGAAGCCCUUCUCAAAUAUCCAGAUAUCAAGGGAGUCAGUUCUGGAGCUAUUGCUUCUACAUAUCAGAAAUUAAGAGUAGAAGAUUGGUAUAUUGAUAUCCUAAUUUUAGUUGUAAUCGAUUAGACUUAACAUCUCUUGCUUAUUUGUGGAAUCAAGAUUAAUUUUCUUUAUUGGAUUAAAUGAUGUAAAAUAAUAUGAAUAUAAUCCUAAUUAAAAUUGCAGCUAUGGGAUUGACUUCAAAACAUUUAGGAAAAACCAUAAAUGAGCUUUACGAUUAUUUCAGAGAAAUAGUACUAUUUUUAUUAAAAAUAUGUAUAGAAUAAAAAAUUUGGUUUUCAUCCUUGUGGAGAAGGAGGAGAGUUUGAAAGUUUUGUACUUGAUUGNUUGAAAGAAAAGCUUAAUUGGAAGUCUAAAUCUAAGAAUAAAAGGAUACCAUUGAAGAUGCUCAAUCAUGGAUCGAAUUCCACACCUUAGAAUUAGAAAAUAGUGAAGAGAGACUUGCUGGAUAAUAAGCAUGGUAUGCAGUCUAAUCAGAAAUCUAUGAAACUCAAACUGCUGAAAGGUAUCAUAGAAACUAUAAACUAGAGCUGCAUAAAAUGAAAUCGUUGACAGACUCUAAGAACACAUCAGCGAGAAAUUAUCAACCACCGCUCAAUUCAUCAGCAAGAGAAAUUGAUUCAUUAACAUAUACAAUUAUUGACAAUUGUUCUACAUUUAACAUUAUAUCAAUAUUCUCUCUCACUUUUUUUUCACUCCUAUCAUUAUUAUUUAUAUUAAAUGAAAUUUUUAGCUCUCAUCUCAGGAGGCAAAGAUUCCAUCUAUAAUAUCAUUAGAUGUAUACAAGAAGGUCAUGAACUUGUUCUAUUAGUGAAUUUAUAUCCAAAAUGUACAAUUACAAUUCAUUUAAAUUAGAAAUUGGAAUAGAAUCUGAUAGUUUCAUGUAUCAGAGUGUUGGCACUAAUGCAAUCGAAGCUAUUGCUUAAGCUAUAGAUAAACCCUUAAUGACAAGAGAAAUAUCAGGAAAACCAAAAAUUACUAAUUUAGAUUAUCAAAGCAAAGAUGAAGAUAGAAUUGGUGAUGAAGUUGAAGAUCUUUAUCUCAUUUUAAAAGAAGCCCUUCUCAAAUAUCCAGAUAUCAAGGGAGUCAGUUCUGGAGCUAUUGCUUCUACAUAUCAGAAAUUAAGAGUAGAAGAUUGGUAUAUUGAUAUCCUAAUUUUAGUUGUAAUCGAUUAGACUUAACAUCUCUUGCUUAUUUGUGGAAUCAAGAUUAAUUUUCUUUAUUGGAUUAAAUGAUGUAAAAUAAUAUGAAUAUAAUCCUAAUUAAAAUUGCAGCUAUGGGAUUGACUUCAAAACAUUUAGGAAAAACCAUAAAUGAGCUUUACGAUUAUUUCAGAGAAAUAGUACUAUUUUUAUUAAAAAUAUGUAUAGAAUAAAAAAUUUGGUUUUCAUCCUUGUGGAGAAGGAGGAGAGUUUGAAAGUUUUGUACUUGAUUGUCCACUAUAUAAAAAAAGAAUUUAAAUGUAAUAUAUUCAUUUUAAUUCUCAUAGAAACGAAACUGAAGUUAUAUGCCAUGAAGAAAAUUCUGUAGCUCCAGUUUAUUAUCUUUUAAUAAAAAAAUAUGAACUAAUCGAUAAAAAUUGA